CUUCGGGAAAGAAAUUGACAGGAAACAAAAUAAUCUUAAAAAGCCAUGUUUUUAGCCACCAAAAGUGCACUUAGGCAGCUGGAAGUUUCCCUCCAAUGCUCUGCAUGUCACAAACUCCUUACAGAGCCAUGCACCCUGGGAAACUGUCCUCAUCUUAUUUGCAAGGCAUGUGUUGGAAAAUACGCAGGCAAUGCUUGCCCGGCCUGUCGAGCCCCAGCAUGGGCGAAGGACCUGCAGGUCAAGAGAGAGCUGGGGAUGGUCGUCCGUCUCUGUCGAAGGCUCCAACGUCUGAUCAACACAGAACCUGAACAAAUAGAUACAGCCAGCAUGAAGCUCAGUGAGGACACUGAACCUAAUGGGAGUUUGACGGGGGAAAGUGGGAGAGAUAUAGACGAAGACGAUGAAGGAUUGAGUUUCAUUAUGAAUGAGGCAUCAGAAAUGGCUGAUGGUUCUGAAACGGAGCCAAUGUCUAUCUCUGAAUCAGAUGCAGAGGUUCAGAAACACAGCAAGGUCAUCCGCAAGGCACUCCGUCCUGUCCAGGGGUCAGACACGGACUCCUUGUCCGAGUCCGAAACAGGGAAAGCUGACCGACGACCUGGCAAGAAGAGAGAAAAGGUCCUGCAGAAGAAGUUGAGAGAGAAGACUGAGCAUGCAGGUGGUGAGAAGCCUGGGUCAAGGACGCUGAUAACAGAGAAUUCAGAAGGCAAAGAAAAUGAUGCUUUAAGAAAGAAGGCACCAGGCAACAAACAAAGUUCCAGAAAACCUAAACCAUCUACAAACUCUGAUGGAAACAACCCCUUUGCAGUGUAUGACUUUGAAGCUUCGCCACCGCAUCCUAAGACUCGCAAGGGUAGGAUGCGGGUCAUGCAGCAGACAAAGCGGGAGGUACAACUGAAGAAAGUGGCGGCAGCAAACAAGAAAUGGGACUCGGUGUCCAGUGUCUCAGCCUCCAGGAAGGAUGGCAGAAAGCAUGUUUCCUUCUCUGAUGACAGUUUAAAGUCGGGAUCAAGUAGCGCUGAGGAUAGUGAGAAGAAAUCCCAUUCAAAGACCAAAUCUGUGACCGUGACUUCAGCGACAAAAGAAGCUUGUGGAUUGAAGGACAGAUCUAAGAAAAGUAAAUCUGAGAGUGCUUCCAAACUCACUUCCAGCCCUACAACAACCGGGCAAGGUAAGGGAAGGAGUAAGAAGAGUGUCAAGUCUGGCAUGAAAGACAAAGAGCAGUCCUCACCUACAGUCUCCAAGCCACAAAGCCAGAAAGGAAAGAACUCUAGGAGUCAGACUGGUGAGUCUCCGUCUGGUGACACUGGUGAUUUGACGCCAGAUCCUUGUCCAAGUGUAGCUAGGGUUGGCCAGAAAAGAAGAUCACCAGCAUCUGUAUCAGAAUCAUCAAGUGGAAAAGCCAGCUCUUCUCCAAACAGUGUUGGCAAGAAACAGAAAACGGUUGAACCAAGUACUCCGACAACCAACAGCAGAGUGGGACAGAAAAGGAGGCUUUCAGGAGGAAGGAUAAGGAUAUCACUGAGCCCAAAUUCAUCGUUUGGUUCUCCAAAGCCAGCCUUGAUGAAAAGAAACAAGAGAGGGGAGACGUCACUGCAUGUAGCAUGUAUAAAGGGUGAUGAGAAUGAAGUGAAGUCCCUCCUGGUGCAAGGUGCUGAUCCAAACUCUAAAGACAAUGCUGGCUGGACUCCAUUGCAUGAAGCGUGCAACCACGGUCACACAGUCUUAGUGGGUCUUCUCCUGGAUCACAAUGCUCUGAUCAACGCCCCUGGGUUUGAGCAUGAUACACCCCUUCAUGAUGCAGUCAAUAACAACAGGAUCCCCGUCAUCAAAUUCCUAAGAAAGAGAGGUGCUUCAUUGGAAACCAGGAACAUCCACGGUCUGACUCCACUGGACCUACCCGCAACACCGGCCAUCAAGGAAGCUCUACUUACCCAACCCCUAUCAGAGGUCAACAAUUCACCUGUCCGCACCCCAGUCACAGCCCCAUCACAGCAUCUACAGGAUCGACAUGUCGUUCUUCUGGGAACAGGUCUGAAAGCCAGGGAGAAGAUGGCCUUACAGACAUGUAGUGAUCUCUUACAAGGGAGGGUGGUUGAUGAGUUCAGCCCGGAGGUGACCCAUCUAGUAGCAGCCUGUGAGGAGGAUGGUCAAUGUCUUCGGACCAUGAAGUACAUGCAGGCUGUCCUGGCAGGACGAUGGGUGGUGUCCUUCAAGUGGGUUAAGGAAUGCAUCAAACUUGAAGAGAGAGUAGAGGAAGUGGAGUACGAGAUUCCUGGAACAUCAGCUGACCCUGAGAGUAACACUGCAAGAAGAGGACGGGAAAAUGUUCAGAAACAGUUCCCAGGAUUGUUUGAUGGCUGUCACUUCUACUUUAGCGGAACCUUCAAGCAUCCGACGCCUCCCAAACCAGAGCUAAUCCAACUCAUUAAGCUCGGAGGAGGUACCAUCCUCAAUCGUCAACCUAAACCAGAUGAUGAUGUCAUUCAGGUGUCGACCGUCGUUCCUUACCACGCCCGCACGGAGUCGCAGUACGCUUCUUGCGCGUACUACGUUGUUUAUGACCAUCUAGGGAAGAGAGCGCCAUCUAGCAUCAGAACGCAGAAAGUCUGCACUAUACCUGUUUACUGGCUGUUGGACUGUGUAUCUCAGUUUACAUUAUUGGAUCCACCAAAGGAAUGAACUUGAAAUAAUGAUAAUAAUGAUCAUUAUUUGGUAUCAUUAUCAUGAUCAUUCAGAUCCAUUCUAAGCGAUGCUCAGUGCCCCUGGAUUUAGCCCAGCUGCUCCAAUUCCCUGAAGCAUUCAAGGAUGAACAUCCCUAUCUAGUACCCAUUUACUACACCUUGAUAGAGAGUGGCAAAUUGAGAAUAAUUGCUUGCCAAAGGACUUUAAUUCUGGGCUGGAAGUUGAACUGCAGACCAUGUGAUGCAGAGUACAUUCCUGUGACAUAUCCACUUGAUCAUGACAGCUCUAUUCGUGAUUCUCAGAAUAUAGAUCAUUCUUGAAUAUUAUGUUUGUGAGACCUGUGUAGCAAGGUUGCAGCACAUUGUCAUUUGUUGAUUACCAUAGAUGAAUCAUGAACACUAUUCAUUGCAUGUAAAGAAAUUUAAUGUAAUACAUGUAUUUCACUACCGGUAAACAUUUACAUGUGUUUGUUUUAUCUUUUAUUGCGUAUACUUUCCUAUUCAAUGUCCUUGUUCUAAAAUACAUCUUCAAGUGGAAUCCUGCUUCUGUUAGGAAUAUCAUGAUAUCAAAGUGUUUUCGUCAUUACUUUACAUAAUCACUUUGGAUGCUAAUAUUAUGGGCAGUAUUGGAAUGACAUCCUUCAUCCUUCUUUUCUUCUCUUUUUGCUGCUCAUUUGCUUGGCAUUUAUAAUAAUGAUAAUAAUAUUUAGCUUUUAUAUAGCGCUUAAUACAAUGUCUC